GUUACAUGCCGCUAGCUCCCUCGAAUUUCAAGUCUCGCAGCCUCGUGCUCGUCGCAUAGAUCGAGAUUGGCAAUAUCGAUGGCUGAGGUAGUAGAUCUGACAGCUAUCAACAGCGACGACGAGCCGCAGCGCGCAGCUCCCACCAUAGACCUCACCAAGGACAGUGAUGAUGAGCCGCCAGUCAAGCGCGCGAGACGCGACGAAACUGCUGCAGACGGGCCGAUUAAGAUCGUCGCGUGGAACGCGUCCGGCGUCACGCACAAAAGCGGGAAGAACCGGGACAAGCUCGCGCGCCUCGUGCAGCGCAUCGGACGGGUCGACGCGAUCGUCGUCGCGGAGUGCACUGUGAAGCGGGGCGAGGAGGCCGCCGCGCGCGCGCUGCUGCCCGGCUACGAUUGCUAUAUCACGCACGUCCAGGAAACGACGCCGCGGGAGCACAGGGGCGCCGGCGUCGCGUUCUAUAUUCGGCGUGACAGUGUGCUCGCGCGCAACGGGCGACUGCUGCCCUCGGCGCCGUGGGAUCGCCUGGGCAUGGUCGGCCAGUACUCGUGCGACGUCGGCGUCAUCGUGGGCGCCUAUCUGCCGACGCCGACAAACAAAAACCAGGACGCUGCGCUGCGCGAGGCGCUCGACGACGAGUAUCCGCUCCUCGUGAAGAGCCACGGCCAUCGCCUCCUCUGCUUCUGCGGCGAUUUGAACGCCACGCUAUCGAAGACGCUAGACUCGACGAAGUGGUUCGGCGGCCCGCGCUACACCGUCUCGAGGACGACCCUCGAGAACUGCAUCAACAACCUGCACCUCGUCGACGUCGUCCGCAACAGGUGGCCCGCCACGGCCAAGUACACGGCGUUCCAGUCGCGCUUUGACGACAAGAAGCAGAAAAUGGUGUACUGGCGCGCGCGGCCUGACUACGUCUUGGUGCCCCAGGGGCGCGCUUCACGCGUCGAGGACGUCGUCGUGCCGGACGGCGAGCAGUGGGUGCGACACAUCCCGGCGCCGGCGAGCCAACCCAAGCGCUACGAGGGAGAGCGCUACAUCUCCGUGGACAAGGAGGGCACGCUCUGCGGCUCGGACCACGUGCCGAUCGUCGUGACGAUGAGGCUAUCCUAAGUAAGUACAACAACAAGG